AAAUGCGCGCGUGACAGUGACAGGUGUCGGUUGCGCGCGUUUAUUCCGCGCCGUAAUUUACCUUAAACCGUGAUCUCUUUAUUCGUUGCACGGCACUAAUAAACGAUCAUAUUUAUCAAAUAACACUUGGCUUUACACAGACAACGUUAGAUUAGUCAAGUUAAUAACGUUCUGAGUUGUUUUUGAUAAGCCAUAACAGGUUUUGAGGAGAUAAUUUCUCUGUGAGGAAGUUCAAAGUAAAGUUAGCUCAAACAUGACAACCAGACAGAAGACACUAGCUCAGGACAAACAGGUGAUUGUUGAGGCACUGGAUACUAAAGCUCAGUCACUGGUGUUUGUCAAACGCAUGGUGGUUAUAGCUGUGUCCUCCAUCACUUAUCUGCGUGGGAUCUUCCCAGAGGACUCCUACAGAUCCAGAUACCUGGAAGAUUUGUGCAUCAAAGUCCUCAAACAGGAUUGUUCAUGCCCCGAAGCCCACAAACUCGUCAAAUGGCUGUUGGGAAGUUUUGAUGCAUUGGAGAAGAGAUAUCUUCAAAUGGUGGUCAUUGGGGUACACACAAGCCCAGAUGACAGUAAUCAUGUCAUUGAGUCCUACCAGUUUAAGUUCAGAUACUCAGAGUGUGGACCACAGAUGGACAUCCUGUGGAGUAAUAUGACUGGGGACACAAGAAUGACGUUGGAGGACACAAAGAAAGCUUCAACGCUCCUGAUCAGGAAGCUGUUCCUCCUCAUGCAGAAUCUAGAGGCUUUGCCCACUGGCGUUUACCUCACUAUGAAACUCUACUACUAUGAUGAUGUCACUCCUCCUGAGUAUGAGCCACCAGGAUUCAAGGCAGGUGUAAAUGACAGUCUGUGGUUCGAGGGAACUGCAGUGCACUUCAGAGUGGGCGAUAUUCAGUCUCGCUUCCACAGCAUGAAGUUGCGUGUGACGGCAGCACAGAGCCGGCUUGGGAAGCUACAGGAGGGAGGACAGUUGAGUGAGAACGACAUGGAGAUGGAGACACCCUCUCUCUCUCAAAUCAGAGCAGCAGAAAGGGUGACCAGAAACUGUGUGCAGGAUCUGCCCUCUGAAGAUGAAUCUAUCGCACAGUUCAAACAGCCCAAAAAAGCUAUAGCAAAGAGGAAGUCUGUCCGAAGCAAAGUCACAAGGAGGAAAAAGAAGAAAUGCUUUUGAAACCACAAGUUCACAUCAGAGAAAAUGAUUUUUUAAAUCAGUUUUUGCUAAUAUAUAUAUAUAUAUAUAUA